CGGCGGCAGCGGGCAGCACUCGCCGCUGGAGCCGCCGCUGCAGCCGGGCUGUCCCGCGCCCUCCGGAGGGCUCGUUGCCGCCUGCCUCGCCGCCGGGGUGCGGGAAAGCGGAGCGUGGAGGCUGCGGGAGCCGGGCGGGGAAGAUGCCCCUGGCGCAGCUGGCGGACCCUUGGCAGAAGAUGGCUGUGGAGAGCACAGCCGAGAGCAGCACCGAGAAUGGACAGCAAAUUGUGGAUGAACCUAUGGGAGAAGAGGAUAUCAACCCACAGAAUGAAGAAGGAAAUAUCAAAGAAAUUGCAAUAACUCACCAUGUAAAGGAAGGACAUGAAAAAGCAGACCCUUCACAAUUUGAACUUUUGAAAGUACUAGGACAAGGAUCCUUUGGAAAGGUUUUUCUUGUCAAAAAAAUCUCAGGAUCAGAUGCUAGACAGCUUUAUGCAAUGAAGGUAUUGAAAAAGGCCACCUUGAAAGUUCGAGAUCGGGUUCGGACAAAGAUGGAACGUGAUAUCCUAGUAGAAGUUAACCAUCCUUUCAUUGUCAAGUUACAUUAUGCUUUUCAAACAGAAGGGAAGCUGUAUCUUAUUUUGGAUUUUCUCAGGGGAGGAGACUUGUUUACACGUUUAUCCAAAGAGGUGAUGUUCACAGAAGAUGAUGUUAAAUUUUACCUGGCAGAAUUAGCACUUGCUUUAGACCAUCUUCAUAGUCUUGGAAUAAUAUACCGUGACCUAAAACCAGAAAACAUCUUGCUUGAUGAGGAAGGACAUAUCAAGUUAACAGAUUUUGGCUUAAGUAAGGAGUCAAUUGAUCAUGAAAAAAAAGCCUACUCUUUCUGUGGAACAGUGGAAUACAUGGCACCAGAAGUGGUUAAUAGACGAGGCCACACACAGAGUGCAGACUGGUGGUCAUUUGGUGUUCUAAUGUUUGAAAUGCUCACUGGUACUCUACCUUUCCAAGGGAAAGACAGAAAAGAAACCAUGACUAUGAUUCUCAAGGCCAAACUUGGAAUGCCCCAGUUCUUGAGUCCUGAAGCACAGAGUCUUCUACGAAUGCUCUUCAAAAGAAAUCCAGCAAACAGAUUAGGAGCAGGUCCAGAUGGAGUUGAAGAAAUUAAGAGGCAUGCAUUCUUUUCUAAAAUAGAUUGGAAUAAAUUGUACAGAAGAGAAAUACACCCUCCUUUUAAACCUGCAACUGGUAGACCUGAAGAUACAUUUUAUUUUGACCCUGAAUUUACAGCAAAAACUCCAAAAGAUUCACCUGGUAUCCCACCUAGUGCUAAUGCACAUCAACUUUUUCGGGGAUUUAGUUUCGUAGCUAUUGCAUCAGAUGAUGAAAGCCAAGCAAUGCAGACAGUUGGAGUACAUUCAAUUGUCCAGCAGUUGCACAGGAACAGCAUUCAGUUCACUGAUGGAUAUGAAGUAAAGGAAGAUAUAGGAGUUGGAUCUUACUCUAUCUGCAAGAGAUGUAUUCAUAAAGCUUCAAACAUGGAAUAUGCUGUAAAGAUCAUUGACAAGAGUAAAAGAGAUCCAACAGAGGAGAUAGAAAUCCUACUGCGCUAUGGACAGCAUCCAAAUAUUAUUACCUUAAAAGAUGUGUAUGAUGAUGGAAAAUAUGUUUAUGUAGUAACAGAACUUAUGAAAGGAGGAGAACUGCUGGAUAAAAUUCUUAGACAAAAAUUUUUCUCAGAACGAGAAGCUAGUGCUGUUCUGUUCACAAUAACAAAAACAGUUGAAUAUCUCCAUGCGCAAGGGGUUGUCCAUAGAGACCUGAAGCCUAGCAAUAUUCUGUAUGUUGAUGAAUCUGGUAAUCCAGAGUCAAUUCGAAUUUGUGAUUUUGGUUUUGCAAAACAACUACGAGCAGAAAAUGGUCUUCUGAUGACUCCAUGUUACACGGCAAAUUUUGUUGCACCAGAGGUUUUAAAGAGGCAAGGUUAUGAUGCUGCAUGUGACAUAUGGAGCCUUGGUGUUCUACUUUAUACCAUGCUUACUGGCUACACUCCUUUUGCAAAUGGUCCUGAUGAUACCCCGGAGGAGAUUUUGGCCCGAAUAGGUAGUGGAAAGUUCUCUCUCAGCGGAGGUUAUUGGAAUACUGUUUCAGAAACAGCUAAGGAUCUUGUUUCAAAAAUGCUUCAUGUUGACCCACAUCAAAGAUUAACUGCAGCCCAAGUUCUUAGUCACCCCUGGAUAGUUCACUGUGACCAGUUGCCUCAAUACCAGCUGAACAGGCAGGAUGCUCCGCAUUUAGUGAAGGGUGCAAUGGCAGCAACUUACUCUGCUUUGAACCGUAAUCAGUCACCAGUUUUGGAGCCAGUCGGCCGUUCCACUCUUGCUCAGAGGAGAGGUAUAAAAAAAAUUACCUCAACAGCCCUGUGAAGUGACCUCAACCAGAUGUUUGGUACCACGGCAUAAGAUGAUAGCACAAAUCAUGGCGACAGGUAGCACAUAUCUGACAGAUACCUGCAAGCACACUCUGUCCCAGCUGGUACCUAUAAUGCUGCUGCUCCUGCUGCUGCUGCUGCUUUCAUCUAUUCUCGCUUUAAACUGUUGAUGGCAAGUUACUGAUCUUACUGGAGCUUCAAAUGGAGUGACAGGUGGAAACACCAUGAAAACGAUCAUGUUCACGACUGAAUAAACCAGAAGAAUUAUGAAUGCCACCUCUGACAAAAAUACACUGAAUAAAGCACUCUGCACCAUAUAGCAUUAUUUUUAUAAGGAAUAUUUUUUGUCCCCUAAAAUAUUCUUUGUUACAGGUAGAGAUGGACAGUUUAUGUUAAGCACUUAGCUUAAACAAUCUGUUUAUAUUAGCACUAUAUACUUUGUGCCAUCCAACAUUUUGUAUGUUUUUGUAAACAGUUCACAAGCAGUACAUUUCCGUGCUGUUUUCUUUAAUGUAUACAUGCCUUGUUUUACUUAGAUAUUAUUAAUCAUUUUGACAAUUAAGUCUGAUUAAACAGUUCACCUGGAUUAAUCAGUGUUGUUGGACAGCUCUAAAAGAAGCCUGACUGUUAAACAGCUAUUGAAUGUAAUACUAUGAAUAUGUAUUUCUUCUUGCCUAUGUCUUUUCUACAUUUCCAUGUUUUUGACGCUGCAUGUCAUGUUAUGAAAAUCUGGAUACUGUUUAUAGUAUUCAGAAUUUAAGCAGUGGAUCUCCCACCAUACUAUAUAUAAACAGGUAAUAUAACCCAGAGAAAAGAUAACUUGCUCUGUAUCUAACUCUGUCUCUUGUUUCUCCACCCCUCCUUCUUAUUCUCUCCCGUCUAAUCUCUGGACUCAGGAAUCAUUGCUAAAUACUUUCUGAUAGAGGACAUUUCUAUAUUGUUUAUUCUUAUAAUCCAUUGUUAAUAUUUUAUCUCUUUUCUGUGACUUUUGUUUAAGCUGCAAAGGAUUUGUUCAGUAAAUGUUGGCAUUACAGAAGAAAGCAUUGAAGAUAAAGCAAAAUCUAAUGUCAGCUUUGCCUGCAAAAAGUAGGUUUAAGCUGCAUUCGUUGUGGUUGCAAAACGAUGGAUCUGAUGUUCUGUCAGAUAUUUUCUGAUACUUUUGACAUGCAAAGCAAAAUGAGACAAGAGUCAUCCAGAUCUGUCUGGGAUUAGAAAGUGUCGUUAUGAUACACCAUGAAAAUAGUAUAGUCCCAUUCAGGUAAAACAAAGCUGUUCAUAGUGAGUGUUCUCUCUCACUUUUUCCCAGAUGGAAGCAAGUUUGUAAUGAGGUUGAAAGACUCAUUUUAAAUACUAAUACAAACUUUUAAUACUCCUGGCCUCUUGGUGUCUUAAGUCAUUAAAGGCAGAUUUUGAUGGCUAGUCUUGAAAGAUCAGUUGCCCACAUGAGAAGGUGCACUGGAAUGCAUUUGAAUACAAUGAGUACCCCACGCCACCAAAACAGUAUGCCUCAUCAACUCAUUCCAGAUAUGAAAAUGGCUCCUGGGAAUUCCAGCUUUAGUAAAUAUGGAUCUGGGUGAACAGCUUCAUGUGAGUAAUACAAUUUAGAAACUAAAAGGUGCAAUUUUGUGUUUUGCAUAAGAAGGUAUUUUCUUGAUUUAGUUGUAUUAAAUGUAUUUUAUGGUGAUUAGUUUGCUAGUUUCCCUGAAAUCAUCAGAGGUUUGUCCAAAGGGAGAAUCAUCUUUAUGACACCACAGAUUUGCUCUAAAUGAAUGUAAGAGUGUUCCUUCUGCCACGAGUUUUUCUGAGUUCUUCAGAGAAGCUUCCUUUGUUAGACUUGUAAAGGAUCCCACCUUUAUUGCCCUUAAAAAUGUUAAUAUUUAAUCCAUCAUAGAAUUGUUAAGGAAUCAGUUUAAUGAACAAGGAUUCUUGAAUUACCAUAGAUGUCAGAAAUGUGAACUCUCUGCUCUUCCAAACAGUUAGCAUUCUUCCCUUACUUUUGCUCUAGCAUUGAAGUUCCAUUUUAGCUGUACAGAUCCAUCUACCCUUCCUUCAAGAAGCAUUUUUCUCUGAUUUUUCGUUGUCAGUGUUUGCAGUCCCAGAAGAACAGUGGCUUUUAAAUAUGUCAAUCUGAAGACUUUCAGAUCUAGUCAAUAAACAAGACUGAAAUAAAGGGGAUGGCAGUGCAUGGUAGCGUGUCAAUGAUAGCAUUUGAGUUCAGGAAGGAAUUCCUCAUGUGUUCUCUGUGUAUAUAUAUUAAGUACCUGGCCAAGAACGGGCCUAAAGCAGGAAGUUUUAAGCUGCUUCACUACUGGCAAUAUCCAAAUUAAAAUAAUAUAAAAAUACAUUAGCCAUAUUUUGUGGCCCUCAGGCUUGCUGGUCAUUAGCCAAAUAGUGAAGCAAAGUUAUUUACAUUCUCAACUAGGCUGUUAAUUUAAUCUAGACCUCACAGAUCUUACUACCAUGUAUUUAGCAGGAUAGGGUGAACAUUUUAAAUGCUAAUAAAACAAGGCAGUUUAGCACAUGCUAACUCAAAUAUUUGUGUUGAAGUCUAGUUCCACUAUAUUUUUAAGCUGCUUUCUAAACCAAGGUAUAAAGGGCCUAUCUAUGCAGGCAGUAUAUUUUACAGGCUAGACUUCCAUGGUUUUAUGUAUUUUGCCUCCUGCUUUGGGUCCAUGCUUGCAACUUUCACAUUUUUACGUUUCUGUAGCUGCAGUUGUUAGGAGCUGUAAGGAAAUCCACGUAAUGCUUCUUCAGAUCCCAGCACUCUUCUAUUAGAAUGUACCUAUGACACACGAUGUAAAUGAAUUGCUGGACUGCUUCUUGGUCUUCAAAGCAUAGCAAGAGCCUCUAGGAUAAAGAGUCAUAGAGGAUAAAAAAGGAGAACUGCAGGUACAGGUUAAUUUUCUAUAUGUAGGCCAUGGUGUUUAUAGUGUGAAAUUAUCACUUCCUGUGCUUGAGAGCAUGAGAGAACACAGGGAAGAGUAUAGCUAUGAUCAUUACAUGCCAUCUAUACCAGUAAGGGCAAAGUUCUUUAUUCGUACUCACUAUAGCAUUGAAACUUACUAGGAGUUUUUCAAGAGAAUAUUUAAAACUUUUUUCUAAAGAGACAAGGGCGUAAGAAAAUAGAUUUACAUGUCUGGGAUUUCCUUGUGUGUGUUUUGCUUUUGUAAAUGUGGUGAACCAACUAAAGCUGUGCUUUUCUAUUAUUGGAAGGAAAGGAUUCAAAGUAUGCUGGUCCUUAGUAAGCAGCAAAGGAUAAUAGAUGGAUUUUCACUUCUGCAAAUGAUGUAAAUUAUUAGCUUUAUCUUGAUACUCUUGACCUAAUCAAAGGGAAGGUGUACUUAUAAGGGAUGUAAUUAUUUUGCAACCUAGUUGGGGGGGGGGGAAGUCUACUUAAAACAUUUUUAAAAAAUGACAAAAUCACAGAUAAAAUAUUUUUCUACGGUUCUAUACAAUCAUACUUUAUACUAGUUUUCUCAGCAUGGCAUGUGUCUAAGGUACUGUUCCAGGAAAUCAGUGGUAUCGUACCUUGUUCUAGACCAUUACAAGAGCAUCUGUUAGAUGCUUGGCACCGCUGUGAUAGAACUGAAAUGCUAGUUUAAAAAAAAAAUGUACUGAAUACUUUAAAUGAUUGUUUUAUUCAAGAGUCUGAUCUAGGAAAUGUUCCAAUCAUGCUAUUAAUGUGUAAUUAGAACUGUUCCAGAUGUAACUAUGAACAGUUCUGGAAAGGUAUCAUUGCUUGUACUCCUGUCUAAUGGCAGGUUUUGUAGUCUUCAAAAGAAAUUGAAAUUUCUACUAUGAAUAAACUUUCAAACAUCUUAAA